GAACGGUACUGAAAACUGGCUUUAAAGCUUGAGGUGGUACUUACGCUGUUCAGUUGUAAUUUUGCUCUUCGACACCCUCUUUGUCAGUACAACAGAACGAAUCAUGCGCCUCUACAACAUCUUCCUAGUCGCGGCGGUUACCCUCAUUAUAGGAAUCCAUGGGCUCCCCACUACCGCAGCACACGAUCAAGCCAAGUCGCAAACCAUGACCGCACCGGACACGGAUUCCUCUGUCCGCUCACCGAUGAGCAGGAAUGACGGCACCAGUACAAACAAGCUCCGAGGUGCUGACAGCACGUCACCGCAAGACGAGGAGAGAGGAAUCCUCUCGAGUGCGAAGGUCAGAUUCUUCCUGAAACUAGGAUAUAAUCCUCAAACGGCGAGCAAGCACUUAUCGGAGGCGCAAAUGAAGAAGUUCUACUAUAAGUGGCUUGUGAAAACGACAGCCAAGAAGGCUAAGACGAAGGCUUGAUUUUUGUUUGAAGCUCCCAUCGACCUGUAGUAAUAACCACUUCACUUAAACGUCCAUACAGGAGAGAUAGUCGUCGAUCGACAAGUGUGAAGCGUGAGCUGUGCGACUAGAAUUACGUCGGAAUAAUUUCUUGCUGUGUCGCUACGAAAUCCUACUACGUAGUACAAAGACUCAAUUCAUUGCGUUUCUAUUUUCGUUUAGCAUGGCUAACC